UCCUCGCGCUCACUCAAUGAGCACCGAGGCAGGAGGAGUGUCCGACUGUUUACAUCUCGUUUCGGGGGGCCGACAGAUAUUCUCCUCCAGCAUGGUGUCGGUGUGGAAUUAUCGCUCUCUGGACCUUUGAGAAAUAAACGCGGCGAGCGCUAAACGGUGACCCGGCUUUGAGCCAUGGGAGGCCAGAUAACCCGAAACGCCUUGUACGACUCUCUGGGUGGACCGUUUCCCUCAACAGCUCACCGAUGCCAUCACAAGCCCAAGCGCUGUUUACCCUUGCAUCAGUGCGGAGGUGUCCUUAUGAGCCCACUUCUAUUCCACCCCAAUGCUAAAGGCUCUCAGAUAGUCAUGGAUCUAGCACAGAGAAACGUCAAACGACAGGCCAGCUUCUGCAACGCCAUCACGUUCAGCAACCGACCCAUUGCUCUUUAUGAGCAGGUCCGCUUAAAGAUAACUAAAAAGCAGUGCUGCUGGAGUGGUGCUCUGCGCCUGGGUUUCACUUCUAAAGAUCCGUCUCGAAUCAACCCUGACAGCCUGCCCAAAUACGCCUGCCCUGACCUGGUAUCCCAGAGUGGAUUCUGGGCUAAGGCCCUACCAGAGGAGUUUGCAAAUGAAGGAAGCCUCAUUUCCUUCUGGGUGGAUAAGAAGGGGAGAGUAUUUUACCGCAUCAAUGAUUCCAGUCCCAUGCUGUUCUUCAGUGGCGUUCGGACCACCGAGCCACUGUGGGCCCUCAUUGAUGUCUACGGUCUGACCAGAGCAGUGCAACUACUGGAGAGUGAAGUCGUCCCUCCAGACCUUCUCCGGCCACGAUCCUUCACCACAGUCCGUGGAUCCACCUCUUUAAGACGUGAAGCAGACACCUCCCGCUUGUCUGUCAGCCUUUGUGAUCUCAACCUGCCACAAGACGACUCCAGGCUUCGACUCCCUCCUGCUCCUGUCACCUGUCCCAUUCCUCAAAACUCCAUGAACUCCCAGCAGUCGUCGCUGCUUCCUCACGCCUUGGAAUGUGACAUUCGUUUCCACCAGCUCCGAGGUGCCCACAUCAAAAUCCUCAACGAACAAACCGUGGCACGAUCUGAACACAACCGUGAAGAACGCACACUGGUCUUCACAGAUCGCCCGCUGAGAAUUGGCGAAACCAUCUUCAUCAAAGUCAUUAAGUCCAGUCCUGCUCGAUUUGGGUCUCUCUCGUAUGGCGUGACAUCAUGUGACCCAGCAGUGCUUCGUCCUAGCGACCUCCCUUACAAUCCCGAAGCUCUGGUAGACCGUAAGGAGUUCUGGGCAGUGUGUAGGGUGCCUACUGCUUUGCAAAGUGCUGAUAUACUGGGCUUCCUGGUCACCCAGGAAGGGGAAGUAAUUCUGAGCCAUAAUGGCACCAAUGUGGGGAUGCAGGUGUGUGUGGACAACUCACGACCACUCUGGAUGUUCUUUGGACUGCAUGGUGCAGUCACACAGCUGAGGAUUCUGGGCUCCACUUUCUUGGGUGAUGCUCGUGACCCGUCCAGCCCUGGUUCGCCCUCUGCCUCUCCCUCAGGCCUGUGUGGUGGAAGUCCAGAGCCCAGUCUUCAUGAACGUGGCUGUUCUGCUGCCUUCUGCAGCUCCACUGAAGGAACGACACCAAACUCACCCAUCAAUCUCCCCAAAUCACCGACUUUCCCAUCUGCCUCAGGCUCAUGGCUGGACGAGUGCUCUAUCUGCUAUGAAAACACAGUGGAUACCGUCAUCUACACCUGCGGACACAUGUGUCUCUGCUACACCUGCGGGCUGCGCCUCAAAAAAAUGGCCAACGCAAGCUGUCCCAUCUGUAGGAGGGCUAUCAAAGACAUUAUAAAGACCUACCGGAGCACUUAGGGGAGCCCGCUCAACCCCCUGCUGCAAACCCAAGUUUCAAAAGGGCCAUUAAGGAUCUCUAAUAGAUCUCUGUUUCAAGAGAGGGUCGGUGUCACAGUUCAGGGACUUUCUCUGGCACUGCAUGGGUCUCCGUUUCCCAAUGCGAUGACUUUUGUACUCUUGAAGGCUCAGGCAUCCAUUCACAAAGGUCUGUUGUAUUUCAUGCUCAAGUCUCUGUUGCUAUGGAAACCAGUGGUGUUGCUGCUCCUUAAAAGCAUCUGGCUAACGUAAAUCAUGGACAGCAUCUCAUCGAAUUCAGGUGACACGCUCUGUGAGCCAUACCAAUCUGCAGUAAUCUCAUUCAUAGCGUCGCUGCAUAUCCUUUAAAGCUGGAAUCAUAUUCAAUAGGGAGUGUUACAAUCUCUUUUAUCUUUCUUCUGCUGUCCUUAGAGCUAGUCAGAUCAGCUAAGGCACUGAUGAAAUUCAUACAAAAAAAGAAAUAGGUCUCAGUGUUUCACAAUUUUUGUCUGUGCUGAGCUGAGACGAACAUUACUAGAAAAAAAUACAGAUGUAAAGGUACAGUGCUUCUCAUACCUCGCCAUUUCAUGCUAGCGUUAGCCUGCUAGCUGAAAGCUUACCCAUAUUAAUGAUCUGGAGGUCUUUGUGCAUUGAUGACUAUUUGAUCAUGUGUUUCGUAAUGUAAUCUGAAGCUUUGGUAGGUGGCAGGUGAAGUGGUCCGCUAUAAUUUUGCUUAUGCGUGCGUGUGUGUGUGUUUGUUCAAAAAACAGGACGUUGUGGUGAAAUUAAAGAGAUAUCAUUUGUUAAAACAAUA